AUGAGGCGUCCAGUCUUGCCCGUGGCCCUGCUGUGCCUCUCGCACGCGGCCGCGCGGCAGGUCGUCUCCUUCGACUUCGGAUGGAAGCACCGCGCUGGGCUGCACGCGGCCGACCCACCGGACGCCGAGCCGCCGGUGGCCCCCGACCCCGGGCCGAGCCCAGCCGAGGCCCAGGCGACCUACAGCGACGCGGAUUGGCAGGACGUUCAGCUGCCCCACGACGGUCUCAUCGCCUCGGCACCCUCCAAGGCCGCGUGCCCGACCGGGUGCUCUGGCAAGUCGUACAUCCCUCGGCACGUGCUGUGGUACCGGAAGAGCUUCACGCUCCCCGCAGAGUGGAGAGGCUCCGCUGUGUGGCUGGACUUCGAGGGCUCGUUUCGUUCUACCACGGUGUGGGUCAACGGGGAAGCAGCCGCCUACCAUGAUUGCGGCUACACCCCGUUCCGACUGCGCCUUGACAACAUCACGAAUGUCAAGUUCGGCGGGGCCAAUGUGAUUGCUGUGUUCGUGGACCCUGACAACGGGGACCUAGGCGGGCGUGAGCAAGGCAGUGGCUGGUGGUACGAAGGAGGCGGCCUGUACCGGCACGUCAAGCUUGUCAAGGCCAGCCCCGUCCAUGUGGCCCAGGAUGGCUUCUUCGCUUCUUCGAACCUGACCGCGUCGCUGGACGGCGGCCCCUCCGCCAACAUGCGCGCCGCGGCUGAGGUCACCAACACCGGAGGUGCCGCCGCUCAGGUGUGCGUCCGCUUCCGCCUGGUCGCACCAGACGGCUCGCAGGCUGCGAUGGCGACCUCGGGGCUGGUGGACGUGCCUAAGGGCGGCUCGGCCACGGCAGUUGCCAGCUUCUCGGCGGGGCCAGUGCAGCUCUGGACGAGCUCGCAGCCUGUCGUCUACGCCGUGCAUGCCUCCGUCCACCUGGGGCAGUGCAGCGGGAGCCCGGUCGACUCGGUCGAGCAGCCGCACGGCUUCCGUUCGCUGCGGUACGAUGUGAACGACGGCUUCUUCUUGAACGAUCAGCACUUCAAGGUGCGGGGCUUCUGCGACCACAACACCUUCGCGGUGGUCGGCAUGGCCGUGCCCCAGCGCGUCAACCUCUUCCGUGCUCAGGCUUCCAGGGCCGUUGGCGGCAACGGGCGCCGCACUUCGCACAACCCGCCAGAGACUUCGAUGCUGGAUAUAUACGACAGGCUCGGCAUCGUGGUGAUGGAUGAGAACCGGCUGUUCGCGAACGAGACAAGAUACGUUACCAACAUGGGUGCGAUGGUCAAGCGAGACCGAAACCAUCCCUCUGUCGUCAUCUGGUCAUUCUGCAACGAAGAUGGUUGCGAGGGGGAGCACGAAGCGGGUGGACCGCGCUUCAGUGAGAUCGCAAACAGCUUGGACGGGACCCGCCCAACUUUGGCCAACAUGUUCACGUUCAACGAUUUGUUGAGUAAUACGGUCGAUGUGCAGGGGUUCAGCCAUCAGAGUCGCGCGAAGCUGGAGAAGUGCCACGACGAGAUGCCGCACAAGCCCAUCUUUGGAUCCGAGUGCUGCUCCUGCAACACGAUGCGUGACGAGGACGAGGGCUGCGAGACGACCUACGAGAAUCCCCAAAAUGGUUGCACCCAGAAGUCGUUCAACGCCCGCUGCGCGGAGAGCAACUCCUCGACGAACGCCUCCGAUGGGGUCGACUGGGUUGUCGGCACCAUGGUGUGGACGCUCUUCGACUACUACGGGGAGCCUCCCGAACCAGGCUUCGAGGUGUCCUCGACCUAUGGGCAGUUCGACUUGUGUGGCUUCCCCAAGGCAGCGGCCUUCUGGUACCGGACGCAGUGGCUGCUGACGAUCCCGGACGGGCCAGACAAGACGUUCCCCACACACGGUGCACACGAAGUCUUCUUGGUCGAGUCGUGGGAGAGCCCGGACAGCUUCAACGAGACGCGCGGCAACAAGACCAGGAGCAUCCACGCGUACACCUCUGCCCCGAGCGUGGAGCUGUUCGUGAACGCCAAGUCCCAGGGGGCGCGAUCCGUGGUCCCGAUGGCCAAGGGCCCGGGGUCCUACGCCGAGUGGCUGGAAGUGCCGUGGGAGGCGGGCAGCCUCGUGGCCAAGGCGCUGGACGGCGAGGGCGCGGUCGUCGCCACUGCGGCCCGCCGCACCCUGAAAGGCCCGGCCACGGCGCUGCUGCUGACCAUCGACGCGCCCAGCCACCUCACGGGCACCGGCGGUGCGCUGCUGCUGGACGGCCAGGAUGCGGCGCUCCUGCGCGCCUCCGUGGUCGACGCCGGGGGCGCCGUGAUGCGCGGCGCGAGCCACAACGUCAGCUUCCGGGUCGUCAGCGGGCCCGGCCGCGUGCAGGGCACGCACAACGGCGACCCGCACUGCUACGAGCCCAACGACGCACCCUGGCACUCGGCCUACCACGGUCUCGUGCGCGCGGUGGUUCGCGUGACCAGCGUGGCCGCCCGCCCGGCCGCCGAGAGGGAGCUGCUCUCCAGGAUCGACACGGGCGGGCCGAUGGCAGACCCCCGUGCGCAGCCCCGCGUGGAGCCGAUCGUCGUGGAGGCCAGCUCGCCAGGCUUCCGCCCCGUGACCGUGUCCAUCCCCGUGUCGCUGGACGCCGCCGAGAGCGGCGUCAUGGCCGUCGCCUCCGCCGCCGCCGGCAAGUCGGUGGACUUCUUCGCGCACCUCCGCGGCGAGGAGCCGACGGCGUCGGUGCAGUUCGUCUGA